AUGAAUUAGAAUAUUACUCUAUUAAUAUCUUGUUAAGAAAAAGGGAAAAUCUAUAACAUUGAAAUAGAUGCAGAUUCUUUAGUAGAAGAAUUAAUUGCAGAAUUUACAGAAUUAUUAAAUGCAUCAAAUCAAUCAGUUUCUUUUCUUUACCAUCAGAGAAGAUUGGAACCAAAAUAAUCAUUUAGAUCAUAAGGAGUAGUAAAGGGAUCACAAUUAGAAUUAAUUUUAAAACAUCAUGGAGGAUAUAUUAUAUUUAAUUAGAAUGAAUGA